UUUGGCCCCAGUCCCGCACACUGCGUGACUGGCCAAACUCACCCCAGCGCAGUGGAUAGCAGCCAGACCCCUGGCGCCGCGUCCCACGUAUCGCUAAAAUCGCUAAGGUGUCCUUGAAUUCAAGCACUGGGCGGGCGAGUACAGCAAAAAACGGACAGAUCGAUUCAACGCGGCCGCCGCACGACGACGAUAGCCACGAUGUUCCUCAAGUCGGCGGCAAAGCUGCUGCUUUCGGCAAGCUUGCUGCUGGGCUCGGCAGUGGCUCACAACAUCCAGCUGCCGGCGCAUGGGCGCGAAUGCUUCCACGAGAGCCUGCAUAAGGGCGACAAGAUGACGGUCACGUUCCAGGUCGGCGACCGGGAGUUUGGCAGUGCCGGCAACCUCGAUAUUGAUUUCUGGGUCCUUAGAUCACCAACCCCGUGGGACAGUACGAAGCCAACGAGAAGUCCGUCUCGAACGGCGACUUCUCCUUCGACGCCAAACACGACGGCAAGUACCAGUACUGCUUCGGCAACGAGCACUGGGGCGCCUCGUCCAAGGAGGUCUCGUUCAACGUGCACGGCAUCGUGUACGUGUCGGAGGCGGAUGCGCCGCAGGACCCGCUCGAGGCCGAGGUGCGCAAGCUGUCGGAGCUGCUGGAGCGGGUCAAGGACGAGCAGAGCUACAUUGUCGUGCGGGAGCGCACCCACCGCAACACGGCCGAGAGCACCAACAGCAGGGUCAAGUGGUGGAACUUGUUUGUGAUCGGCGUCGUCAUUGGCGAGAGCGUGUUCCAGGUCUGGUGGCUGCGGAGGUUCUUCGAGGUCAAACGGGUCGUUUAAACUGACAACUACGCCAUUGUUGUUUGUUCUUAUUAUCCAUGUUUUAGCGCAGCAUAUGUGUGAGAGACGAAAACGGGACAGGGAGGUUCUAUUUUCGGCGUCUUGGAUGAAGCAUGUCCCCGACUACCUUACUCAUACUAUUCCAUGAACCAUCGAUGCCUGAUGAAGACCACGUUAAAAUGCCCUAUUACUCAUUGGCGACACGCUACGAUAUGACGAUCAUG